AUGAAUUUUUUUAAGGAAGGAGAGAGAUUGAAGGCGAUUUUUGAUAACUUAGUGAAGCAGCAUAAGAAGAGUAAGAGGAGGGUUGUUGAUAACAAGAAUGUAAGCAAGGAAAUGGUGCAGGAGUACGAGGAGAAUAGAUUGAGGCUGACGCAUUUUUUCAAAAUGCACUCUAGGUUUAUUAGGCCAAGGAAGAAUAGUGUUGGGAUAUUUUCCAUAGACGAUUUUGUCAAAGCCAGGACUGAGGCGGUGAUGCUUUCGUCGAAGGAAGGACUGGGUACGGAGGAGAGGGCUAGGAUGGGAUUUUCUGUGGGGAUGCCUAUGGACUGGAACAGAAUGAAUGACAGAGUUGCCGUGAACUAUGGGAUGCCUGGAGGAGGGCCACUAUAUAUGCCGGGCGUGAUUCCUGAUGGAAGGUGGGGAGUACCUAUGGAGCAAGGAAUGCCUAUAUGGAUGGGGCCUAUGGGACAGCCGAUUAUAAGAGGCCAGGAAAGGGCAUCCUUAUGGAAUCCCAUGCCUUUUCCUAGACAGAGCGAAGGCGUUGGGGGAUUUCAUGGGGUCCAGCCUCAUGGAGUGGAGUACCGAGGCUUCAAUGGAGUUUACGGCGGCUAUGGGAUGUAUAUGGAGCCGAGAUUGAGGGACAAUGGGCAACACGUGGGGCUUGGCAUGGAGGAGGGUAACGUUUAUGGCAUGUACGGUGGAUUUCCCAGUGGAUGCGAAAGAAAUAGGUUUGGAGAAAGAUACAGAGUGGCGGGAAAGACGGUUGUGUCUCCCAAGACAGGGUUUUCAUAUAUCUCGGAUGAAAGAGGAGUGAGUGGAGCGAGACAGCCAACGAAUUGGGUUGGGGGAGGCCAAUUGUAUAGCACAAGUAGGAAGAAGGAAGAGGCCAUGAUGUCGCACCACACAGUUUCUCCAGGGAAUCUGAGCUAUAUAAACGGUAUAGCGCCAGAAGUAUGUAGAGGAAAUAGCUUUGCAACAACGUGUUCGCUAUAUCCUGAGGUGCCUGGAAAAAGGAGGUGUUCUGCACAACAUCCCCAAAGCCCUACGAAUAGAGGGGAGGUUGGGAGAGAAGCAGUAGAAAAAGUUCCUGAGGAUAGGAUCUUGGAUGAGAUAAUGGUGGGAUCUGACUGCCUGGAGAAAGGUGAGAUGUAUUCUUGUAAUCUGGAAGACCUCUGGCGGCUGGAUAUACUUCUAGGGCCAGAGAAAGAGCAGGGAUGUGAUGGGAUUGAAAAGAACGAAAUAGAGCUUCCAAAAGAUUUGCAGAAUAACAACGGGAGAGACCCCAAUGGCGAGCUCUGUAAUGUAAAUAGAAAUGCAGGCUCCGAUGUGAAAACAAUAGAGGAGUUAAUUGGAUGUAAGGAUAUCGACAAAGAUGUAAAGGCAUUUAUCUAUGAGCUUUGCGAUGGGUUUGUUGACCAUAUCAUCCACAUGUCGUGUGCAUUGGCCUACCACAGGAAGAAGGACGUUGUCGAGUUGUGUGAUGUCAAGUUAGCGCUGAAGACAGAAGUCGGAAUCGAGGUUCCUGAAGAUGAUGAGGAUCUAAAGAAUGUGUCCACCGAGAGCAAAGAAAAGAGGUAG